AAAAAAAAACUACUUAUCACUUGUAUGGAGGACAGUGAAACAAUACAGCUCCUAGAGGACAUGAACACCGUCAUGUGUAAAAAACACACAACUUCAACCAGGCUUCCCGAAUCUGUGUCAGGGGCAGUGAAGAGAAUGAUUGAGUCUGCACGAUACAACGCCACUGCUGCUCAGGGAUUGAGUGAUUUUGCAAAACUGAUGGUUGCAGAGAAAUUAUUGAAGAUAUCCAGUUCAGGUAUUCCUGAAGACAUCCUUCCAGAGAACUAUGAGGGUAUCAUUCACGACAUAAAGGUUAGCGGCUAUCAUGCUGAUGACAAGAUCUACAGUAACAAUGCGGAAAUUCGGCAGAAGAUCCCACGAGGCACAACCUUGUUGGAGCUGAAGAAGAGCGGUGAAGAAGAGACCAUUCAGGAUGUUUUGAUUUAUGCAAAUAGAAAAUUCACGGGAGACAUUGGUGAUGAAGAUGACGUCCAGCAGCCAGAAAGCAAUGAGUGGAAGAAGUAUUUCCUCAAGGAUCAGGACAAGGCCCAACGGGUGGUCUGCAUGAAAAAGAUCAAUGGGGAAGCAGCGCACUUCAGUGCAAGAAAGAUAAAUGGAAAAUUUUACAUCAUAACCGGAAGCAAGAAUGUUCACAUGAUUAUCAAAGAGAAGGAGGACAUUGAUAAAUAUAUCGGUGACCGGUUCACUGUUGCCAAGAUUGUGGCAAGAUGUCUGUGGGAUACUCUUCAUGAGCUAGAAGAGAAACAUUUCAAUCUUUUGCUGAAAUUCCUUGACCUCACCAAAUGCACAGCCAUUUGUGAGCUUCUCCAGCCUGAGAACCAGCACAUAAUGAACCUGAGCCAGCUGGAGAGACCAGUUCUCAAUGUGAUAGGCUUUACACCACCAGCUGGUGAUGAAAGCUGCUCAAGUCUCAUUGCUCUUCCUCCCCACCACACUCUCAACUUCCUCUCUGGCCUUGGCCUCACCACCCCAACCUACACAGUCAUCCAAGUAGAAGAUGUGCAGAAAUACAGAGAUGAGAUCCGGCAUGGGGAACAUGGUUACCACGAGGAAGGGGAAGUGCUCUAUUUCCUCACUGAGGACGAAGAGACGAUUGGGCUGGUUAAGGCCAAGACUGUGUGGUACAUAAUGCUGCGAGCACUGAGGGAAAAAGUGGUGUAUGGCUUCCGUGCUUCUCGGCGGCGACAGCAACAGAACAUAAAUGAAUGCAUAACCUCCUGCCACAAGAGGUUUUAUGAGAUACAAGAGUGGCUAUUGUUCUCCAACUCUUUAGACAAAUGGAAGACACUUGCAGAAUCCUUUAUUUUGUGGAUGGCAGAAGAAGUCAGAGAGGAGCGUGUGGCAGUAGAGAAUAUUCGUCCACAGUAUCCAGUAAUGUGGGAAAAGUUUCUUUUGGUGGAACAACUAACAGACCGGGUGGAGUUAAAGUACCAAGAUAAGACGUGAAAUCUGAACAUAUCCAGCUAUACAUAUUAUUUGAUUGUGUUGUUGAUCCCUGGGAAGGCGAUGGUGCGUCACAUCACGUCUGGUGGGGCCCAUGUGCAUGCAGGCUCAAUUAGGAUGAAUCAUACACCACAGGAAGUAGCUUGCACCUGCUGUAGUCUAAGAUCUGAAGGAUAAACCAAAGUACAUAUGUAUGCUGCCAUGCCUUGUGGAAGUAUGUAGCCCACUAUGCUAUGUCAAAGCUUCUCAGGUAUAGUAGAUAGUAGGACUAUUCACAAAACUUUCCCAUUCCACCAGUCUUUGUGUGUGUGUGUGUGUGUGUGUGUGUGUGUGUGUGUGUGUGUUAUUUAAGCUAGGAUGUGUAUCUUAUUUAUUUGGUCAAUAUCACCCUUUUAAUUAUUAUCUUCAUUAUUAUUCAUAAUCAUCAUCAUCAUCAUCACCAUCACUACUUUACAUACAUACAGUCAUUGGCAAAAAAAAAUGACAAAAAACCAUUGCAGUAAUACAAUCUCAGGGUUAGAGAUCAUAGCAUGAUAAUAUCAUACCAUUACUGUAAUUCUUAUCUGGCAUUCCACCAUCUCUUAAGAUAUUCAUAUUGUUGAUUAGUGUUAGAAUUGGAAAGAAGGAUAAAAAUUGUAACAUAUCCUGAGAAUGGUUGUUUAUAGCUUUGGAACAAUUAAUGUCUCGCACAUGCAUUUUUUUUUUUUUUUUUUUUUUCCAAGGCAGUCAUCAAAGGAGGUAACUUAAUACUCUUAGGUGUGUGGCAGGGUUCUCCAUCUUGCACAAAAAAGGUAGCAUUAACCACUUAAAAUUUCUCAUUCCUCAAUUAAGAGUUACAAAUAAUUUUAAAUGUUCAACCUAAUGUUCUUUGUAAAGCCUCCAACAGCAUCAUAUGCAAAUGAGGCUUGCAUCAUAGCAUCAAAAUACUGUAUAUUACUCUGUGCAUAUUUGGAUAACUCUGUCUGCCAGUAGGUUACAUAUUGCUGAGUCCAUAACUAGUAAGAUGAAAUUACUGGAAUGAUACAGGAAUGUUGAUACCACUGACUCAUGAAUGAGGAUUUUGUCAUCUUUUUCACAGCAACUGUGUGUGUUUGCCUUUACUAAAGAAAACACUUCAGAACGUACAAUAAAAAAAUAUUGCCAAUUUCAA